AAAGAAUUAAAAUGUAGAAUGCAAAGUAUGGGGCUUAAUGUUAACAUAGGGCUUAAAUAGGCGUUUUUGCCUAAACCCUUCGCUUCAAAGCUUAAACUCCGGUACGACCGAAACUGCAUCGACGGAAGCCCAAUCCGGGAAAAAAAAUUCAGAGCAAGCAAGCAAGAACAAUCAGAUAUUGAUAGAGAGAAUGAGGGAAAUUUGUUUGAUUCGACGAAUUUUUGAUCGCCGUGGUGGAAUCAAUAUCUGUUCAAUUCGUUCAUUCUCACGUCUCUAUGAAUCCCCAAUUUCAACACCCAUCAUUGUCUCAUCACCACCCAAUUCUUCCAUUCCUUUGAAAUCAUCGUUCUGCGAUGUUUCCUCCAUUCCUGCCACUACAAGACUUCACUUAUCAAACCCUUCUCUGCAAUUUCAAAGAACUCUUUGCUCGUCCCCAGGUUCAUCCAAUAUUAUACUUAUCAAGUCAGAAGAAGAGUUCAAUGGCUCAAUGAAAAAUAUUCAAGAGAAGUCUCUUCCAGCAAUAUUCUAUUUCACUGCUGCAUGGUGUGGACCCUGCAAGUUUAUAUCUCCUAUACUUGCAGAGCUAAGUGAGAAAUACCCUCAUGUUACAACUUAUAAGAUUGACAUUGACCAGGAUGGCCUUGGAAGCUUAUUGAGUAGAUUAUAUAUUACUGCUGUGCCAACUCUUCAUUUCUUUGAAAAUGGCAAAAACGCGGCUGAAAUUGUUGGUGCAGAUGUUGGACGCUUGAAGGACACAAUGGAAGAACUCUAUGGGAAGGACUAAGUGAAGAUUAUUUUGAAGGGAGAUUAAUGGCAUCAAGAGUUUGUAAUCCUCUUAAAGUGAUGGAAUGACAGUGGGUUAGCUUUUCAGUUUCUUUGGAAAUGUUAGUUUAUUUUGUAAGUCGAAAAGAUUUUUGUCUAAUACGCAUCAGUGGAUUUUCCGCAAAUGGGGAUUUGUUUAGUUGUAGUCUUCAUUUCAAAGCCAUCAAGAAAUGUGCAGGGAAAGCAAACGAAGGCAGAAAGUAUUAGAAAUUUCAAUUCUCAUAUGGAGAAGAUAAAAUAGGAGCUGUUUAUGAGACAAAAAUACCUGAAUGAGACAUCCCAAGGUGUAUCAGUGCCAACUAUACUUCUAUUUUGUUAAUACCGUUCCGCUUGUGACAACAUUUUAUCAGGAUGUUCCAAGUGUUCGUCUAGACCCGUCGUUUUUGUAAAAUGGAAAAUGUUUUUCAUGGAAAUUGUUUUAUAAGAAAAUGUUUUCCAUGAAAUUUCUAUGAAAAUAUUUUUCAUUA